GAACCUUUAGACAGUUUCUAAUGUAAUCUGUGAUUUCUUACGAUAUCCUAAACAUUAUUUCUUGUGAUUUAUCUGAUUUCAACUGUAUUCUUUUGGAGAAAACAUUAAAGAAAAUCUAUUAUCCGUCUCCCCUUUUUAGAUUUUUAUAAUUUUACUCCUUUUAUUUGCACCUGAUAUAAAUUUAGGUACCGGUGUCAUUGUGAAUUAAUUUUAUCAUCAUGAACAUGAAUAUGCAACAACGCGAGGAAAAACAGCUGGAGGCUACAUUACAAGCAAUUCUAAAUAAAGUGAAUGAUUUGAAGGGUGCUAUACAAGCUCUGAUAACUAAAUUGGAAACAGAACAUGAAACAAUUAACUGGCCAACUUUUUUAGACAAUUAUGCCAUUCUAUCUGGUCAUCUGACUGGCUUAAGUAAAAUACUGCAAGCAGAAUUAGCAUCAUCAUUACGGUCUCGCAUAGUUCUACCUCUACAAUUGAGUUGUGAGAGAGAUGAAGCUUUAGUACGUCUGACCGAAGGUCGUGUACCAGCAUGCACCCACGACUUAGUACCAGACUUGCUGCGCACUAAACCUGAACCACAAGCAGAACAAAGACUUCAACAAUUCAACCAUAAAGCCAGCACUCUUAGCUAUGAUACGGCACAGAAACAAGUAGCACAAUUUGCUAAGGUUGUAAGCCAUGUAUGGGAAAUCAUAUCCAAAGGUCGUGAAGAUUGGGAAGGAGAAUCAAUGAGAUCUGCAGCUAUGCAGCCGACCCACAUAAUCGGUGACACGCAUGCGCUGGUAACGGCGGUGGGCACGGGCAAAGGUCUGCGGCCGGGUAUGCCCGCGCUGGGCCCGGGCCCAGGCGUGGGCGCCACGCUGGGGCCACGCGGUCCCGCGCCGCCGCUUGGGCCCAGUGCGCCCGCGUUGCCUAAGGCGCCUUCUGCUAUCAAGACUAACAUCAAGGCUGCCAACCAAAUACACCCUUACCAACGAUAAUAAAAAAAUUGCAGCUGUUUUCUAUGAAACUGGUAUAUUUCUAUUGGUCCUGUACUGCCGAGUGUAUUCUGUCUCGCAAAAAAAAAAACUAUUUCAGUCAUAAAUAUAAACAUCUAUAAACAACAAUGUUUCAUUUAGAUACCUUACAAUAUUCAAAUUACUUCAAGAUAAAGAUUAAAAUGCUUAAUUCUUACAUAUAAUCUAUUAGUUUAAAACCUUGCAAGAAAAAAGGGGCCAAAAAUUAAUAUUUUUGUGAUUUGUAAAGAAUUGUAGAAAUCAGU